AUGAAUAGUGUUGAUGCUGCUUUUAAUCAAGCUGAUGUUAACCAUGAUGGAGGUUUGAAUCAAGCUGAAUUUCGAGAAUUUCUAGCACGAAAUUCUAUUGGUGGUACUAGUACUUCAAAUUAUUCAGUAAACAAUGAAUUCAAUAAUCUUGAAGGUACUGAUGGUUAUGGUUCAUUAGGAUUUCGUUCAUCAAGCUAUGAAGGAACUGAUCUAGGUUAUGCUGGUGCUGGUUAUGGAGCAUCUUCAUACGAAUCAUCAGCAUUUCGUUCAUCAGUUGGAACUAUCGGUGGUGAUGUAACAAAUCUUAAUGUGGUUGGUGCAGCAGGAGUUUCGAAUGCUGAUGCAGCUGCGGCGAGAUUUUCAACUGCAACACGAACAUCGACUUUUCAGCAGCAAUAUGAAACAGAUGCGCAAGGUAAUUUCAAAGAUUCUAAUCCACAAAUUAUACGACGACCAGCUCCCAGUGGACCUGUUACGUAUACACAAAAUAUCAAAGUUCGAUUUCUUCAACCACCUGCUGUUCCACCACCAGGACCAUUGAUUAUCAAAGAAGUACGACCACCUCAACCACCACCACCAGCUCCACUUCGAGUUCGUCAACAAGCUCCACCUUUACCUCAAGCACCUCCACUUAUUUUACGUGAAAAACCUCCUCCAGCACCUGCAGUUGUUGCAUCUCAAACUGUUGUUCGAAAUUUGGCUGCAAUUGCAGUUCCACCUCGAUCAGUUGUCAUCGAACGUUUACCAGCAGCUCCACCAAAACCUCGUGAUAUUGUCAUUGAACGUUGGAUUCCUUACGGACCUCAAGCAGAACGAAAAACAAUUGUUCAACGUGCUGCAGCAGCUGUAGCCUAUGCAAGACCACAUAAUGUUAUCAUUCAAUAUGAAGCACCACAGGUUCGUGUUAUUCGACAAUUUCAACGUCUUGGUGUUACACAAGAAAAUCCUCAAGAAUAUAUUCAACGUUAUGGAGCAACUCUGUUCGAUUCACAAACAUUGGUACAACAAGCACGUGCUGCUGGUGUAGUUGAAGAUAUUUCACCACCUGCUAUAUCCAAUGCAGUUAGUUCUAACAUAUCUGAAUUUUCGUCUUCAUCAUCGACUGGUGCUUUCAAUUUAGAAGGUAAUACUAAUGGUGCAAUUGAUGUAGUUUCUAACAUUAGUGGUGGUGGUGCUAAUGGUGCUGCUAAUCGUGCCUCAUUCUAUGAAUCAACAUCUUAUUCAUCAGGUGGUGGUGGUGGUGAUAUCUCUGGAUUUGGUUAUGGAGGAAUUGGCUCAUUAUCAUAUGACUCAUCAUCUUAUGGCUCAUCAAAUGGUGGAGUAGCUGAUGCAUUAUUUUCUGCUGUUGAUACAAAUAAUGAUGGUGUUAUAAGUCGAUCAGAAUUUCGAAAUGCAGCUACAGCUUCUACAGUACGAUGGAACUCUACAGGCACGACUGUCGCUGGCAAUGCUGGCGGUACAUCAGGAGUAAGCGCAGGUCUGCUCAAGGGACCUUACGUUGUGAGAAUUGAUUCAUCAAAUGCUCUCUAUAUUGCUGAGGUGGAUAACCAUCGAAUACAAAAAUGGAUUAUAGGGGACUCAAUAGGUGUAACUGUUGCUGGGCAGGCAGAUGGAACAUCGGGUGCUUCUUCUACCACUCUUAAUGCACCACCCGGUCUUGCAAUCGAUUCAAGCAACAAUAUGUACAUCGUCGAUAAAUUCAAUCAGCGAGUGAUGUACUGGGCAAGUGGUGCAUCAUCUGGUUCGAUGAUCGCUGGGACAGGUUCCCCUGGAAGUGCAAACAAUCAGUUUAAUCGUCCUAAUGCGAUUGAACUUGUUUCGAGCUCGGGCACUCUGUACAUCAGUGAUCUAGACAAUCAACGUAUCAUGCAAUAUCUUAAAGGUGCUUCGUCAGGCACUGUAGUUGCGGGUGGAAAUGGAGCAGGAACGGGCAGUACACAGUUGUGGCAUCCAUGCGGAUUUACUCUGGAUUCAUCGACGAAUAGUUUAAUAAUUGCCAGUUAUUAUGCACAUAGUGUAGUUCGUUGGGUAAUAGGUGAUACUAGUUGGACACUUCUUGCUGGCAGUAGUGGAGUAAGCGGAUCUUCGUCAACACAUUUAAAUAAUCCAAUUGGUGUAGCAAUUGAUCAAUAUGGAAAUAUAUAUGUAGCUGAUUCAGGCAAUCAUCGUAUUCAAUUUUUCUUGCCUGGUCAAUCUGAGGCUACUACAAUUGCGGGCGUUACUGGUUCGUCUGGCACAAGCGCUACUCAAUUAAAUGCACCGUUUGGAGUAACACUAGAUAGUCAAUUCAAUUUAUAUGUGGCAGAUAACGGUAAUAACCGAGUGCAAAGAUACAGAAGAUGUGUGAGUAUGGAUGCCGAUAAUUAUUCAUAUUCGGCUAUGGCAACAACUGAGAGCUGA